GACGCCGAUCUUCCGUGGUACAUGCGGGAAGACAUCAAGUCGCCGCUCCUCGACGAAAAAAAAACCGCUGUGCCGCCGGUCCCGGCCCAUGCGCCGGCCCAUGUGCUGGAGUUCCUCGGCCUCUUGGCCUCCGACUACGGCAUGGACAACUUGCUCCUUUUCGACAUGGCGGACCUCGACGAAAACCACGAGUACAAAGCCAACAACCGCGGCGUCGACUACAUCAUCAUGGCCACCGGCAAGUCGGAACGGCACAUUCUCAAGGCCGCCACGGAGUUCCGCACGCACAUCAAGCACAAGUACCAGGUGUUGCCCGGCACGGAGGGCUUGGUGUCGACCGCCAAAACGCCGGCCAUGCGCCGCAAGCUCCUCCGCAGGGCCCGCAAGGGCCCGUCGUCCACCGACAACGAGUACGGCCGCGCGGCCAACAGCUGGGUGCUUUUCCACCACGACUCUGUCGACGUGCACCUCAUGACCGCCGACCGGCGCCAGGACUUGAACUUGGAGGCCAUCUGGUGCCGCGCGGAGGACUUGCAUUUGUACGAGCAGACGCCCGCGCCGCCCGUGGACUCCGACCAUAUUUUCUCGGGCGUCCGGUAUCUCCACACGAGAGCAGGCCCGAGCCGUGGUCUCCAUGCCGAUGCCGCAAACGCGUCCCCCAGCGGCCCGGCGUUGGCCCCCGAGCGCCACCUCGAACGCUUGCUAGCUCAGCCGGCGAAUGUCGGCCAGUCCACGCUCACGCGUCUCAAGGAGCACUUUGACACGGACUUCCGGGGCCUGGGCCUCCUGGACUUCAGGGCCAAGUACGCGUUCUACAAAGCCGUGCACUUGCACUGCCCCGAAGCGGUGUCUUUCGACGACGCCGAGGCGGCGCUCUUGGAAAAGUACGCCUCUGCGGCCGCAGCCGGCGACAUGGCCAGGGAGAAGAUCGACGACGUCACGGAGUACGCCAAGCUUCUUCUCGACUCGCCCGCCAUCGGGUCUGGCUGCCGCGAGGACUCGGACGUCGCGUUGGGAAAGCUCGCAAGCUUCAUAUCCGUGCUCUACCGGUUCUCCUCCGACAGGUUCUGCAUGGCCGCCAACGCGGCCUUCAUCCCUCUCCUCUGGCGAUUGACGUUCUGGGAUACGGGCGCAAUGGUGACCCCGCGCCUCGUGGACCAGUUUGUCUGCGGCCGCCAGGUCGCUCACACGCCGUCGGGCGAGCCGCUGGUCACGCUCGCCUCGAACAAUGCCAGAAACGUGCUCACCUUGCUCGACUUCCACAACAAGACGGCCGGGACCGGAAGCUGUCUCACGCCGCAGUUCAAGGAGGCCUUGAUGUACACAUACGGCAAUGCGGGGAAGUGGGACGACUUCUGGGACGAAUGGAACAGCGUGUUUUUCCCGGACUCCCCCGGCCCCGCCUCUGCCUUGACACAAUGGGUGCGCCUUGUUGUCUUCCUCCUGCUCGUCGGCAACCGCGCCCAGAAUCUUCAUUUCUUGAACUUCUACUGGAAGACCGGCUCUGCCGUGAGCGGCACGUUCACUGAGUGCUUCGAGGCCAACGGCCUGAAGUUUGGCUCUGCUGACGAACAGCAAGCCUUCUGCAGAGCCAUGGGUCUGAUGGUC